CAGGAGGGAGGAGAGGGGAGGGGGGGCGCACCGGAGUACGAGGAGAGCUGCCAGCCGGAACACGCGCCAUGCGCGCGCGGUUCGGACAGAGAGGCGCGUUACGAGUCGAGCUGCUCCUCGAGACCUUUCCGGAACACCACCACCACUAUCACACUAUCAUCAUCAUCAUCAUCAUCAUCAUCAUCAUCAUCAACAAGUGUGACUGUGGUGUUUUUUGAGAAGACGUAAAAAAGAGCCACAUCUGGAGAGAUGAAUCAUUCCACCCGGAGAUUUAAUAACUUCACCGAACUUUACCGUUCUGUUCUUUAUUUCCCGGAAAGCGUGGAUGCGUUUUUGUAGCUGACUAUACUUUUUCUCUUAAAAAAAAGAGUGUUUAUUUUCAGACAUGUUUCAACGAUGAUACAGAUGUGAUCUGAGCGAACUACUGCCGAUGUAUGGACGAUAUCUCUGCUUUGGUAUAGACACAACAUAAAAAUGAUAUUCAUGCGCUCUUUCCCGCGCACCACGUGACAUGUCGAUUCCAUUGUCGCUUGAUCCGCUCUUUACUCUCUGAAGCUUUCCCACUAAACCUGAUGUUACAGUUCCCUGCUGGAAUAUUCUUUUGGAUUAGCUUUGAAAAUCUGACAUCUGAUUGACUCAAGAUAAGCCCUAAUGUUUGUGCGAAUUAACGUAAUUUUGGCAUUUUGAAAGAUAAUGAAGCUGCAAUUUAAUGCCAAGAAACAGGUGGAACUAUGAUUGUUUUUACCUGACAGGACUUGUGGGAGUUUGCUGCGGAAUAUGCAGGACACAGCUGGGUCUGAUAUGCACAGGAAAACCUCUAACUUUGAUAGCUUUGCCCUCUUGUGGGGCUUGCUCCUUGGAUUAUUCAUGGCACAUUCACCAGUGACAGCUUGUCCCACAAGUUGUCACUGUAUAGAGAAGAGUGGCAUGACCGUGGUCCAAUGUAUGUCUCGCAACUUGGAGAAGAUACCAUCAGACCUUCCAAGAGAUACUGUGGUCUUACUUUUGGCAUCCAACCAGAUCACUCACAUCCCCAAUCACGCCUUCAGAGAACUGCACUACCUCCAGGAGCUGGAUCUGUCGAACAAUGACAUUGAAACUGUGGACGUCGGAGCUUUUCAAGGCGUUUCGGACAGUCUCCUUGUCCUGGAUCUAUCAAACAAUCGCAUCCAAAGUGUCCCCAAAGAGGCGUUUGCACGUCUACGAGCAAAAAUCAGCCUCUCAAACAACCCAUGGCACUGCGAGUGUACGCUGCAGGAGGUCCUGAGGGAGUUGCGGCUGGACCCAGAGACAGUCAAUGAGGUGAUCUGCCACACAGCGCAGCAGGAGGAAUAUGCAGGCAAACCGGUAAUCCAGGUGCUGGACUCAGGGAUCAACUUCUGCAACUUUCACCACAAGACCACCGACGUAGCCAUGUUUGUCACCAUGUUCGGAUGGUUUACCAUGGUGAUCGCGUACGUCAUCUACUAUGUGAGACACAAUCAGGAGGAUGCUAGGAGACAUCUGGAGUACCUGAAAUCACUGCCCAGCAGCUCUCAAAUCAGCAAGGAAUUUGACACCAUCAGCACUGUUCUCUAGCACGGCCGGCGGCUCAGAAGAUGUGGUGUGUGUGUGUGUGCGUGUGUCUGUAAAUACGUGAGUAAAUGUGUGAUUACACCUGUACACACCUGUUUCUUAGCACAUUAUCUGAGGUUUUUCAGUGACUAAAAAAGGCCAUUUUGAUUAAUAUAUUUCAGCCUCACAAAUGAUCUUUUGUAAUAUUCCAAAAAAAAUAUUUUGAUUUGAUUAAAUCUGAGUAAAUAUGUCUUUACAACCAGAUAGGGCAAUAGUGAUAGCACAAAAUUAACAAAAUGCUAAAACUCAUAUUCAACUCACAGAGAUGAAAGCACCAGACGGGAGGAUAAAUGUUCCCACUCUGGUGUCGAUCCACAGUCUGAUUGAAUUUGGACUGAGACGAAUGAGGAGGACGAGUGUGUCUCCCUGUUACUUUGUAUUGAUUGAUUCAUGUUCGCCAUGUCACACUCUCAAGGUAAAGGACAUUUUUAGACUUCAGCUAAUGCGUUUAAGAUGUUAAGAUUCAGUCAACAUUCAGUUUGCAUAACAGCUCUGCCUCCAACAUACCUUACACAACUACUGAUCCAGGAAAUAAGGUUACUCUGUGCAACCGCUGCAUCGUGUCACCUGAAAGACAAAGUGUAGUCAAACAAGGAAAAGUUGCCAUACACCUGCAGCUCUGAUGUGUCUUUAGUAAAUGGCAAAAAUGAUCUAAACAUGUCAGCAUGCCAUGUCAAAAACAUUACCAGGUGAUAUUCCUGCAAUGAAGACUAAGAUCUGCAUACUGUAAUAAGUAAUAAUAUAGAGGCAGUAGUGAACAUGAAUGUUGUUUAACACCAUACAGAUCGCUAUAUCUCCCAGUACACUGUAUGAACUUAAUGCAUUUCUGCAGAUAAAUAUCAUCAACUUAUGAAUUCAUAAUGGUUAGCAUAUUAACGAACAAAUGGCCAUUUAUGCAACAAACAUGCAGUAAAAUGAUCAUCUUGUUGUUGUGCGCUCGUCAUGUGGGCCUCCACAUCAUGUAAGUUGGCUGGUUGAACCAAACCAGCUGCAGUCCUGUGAAUUUCAUGGUGGUUUGAGAAACACAAGACAGACAGACAGACAGACAGACAGACAGACAGACAGACAGAUCCGUCAGCCUAAUGACAGAAUGCAGGUGAGCAUUCAGUCAGUUUCACCCCACCAUCGCUGGGAGGAGUUGAAUAACUGUACGGCCCCAGGAGAACAAAAGACUUCCUCAGUCAGUCUGCAGGACUGAGACAGCAGUCCGCCACUGAACUUACUCCUCUGCUUAUUAAAUGUGCUGUGCGGAGGGUGGCGGGCAUUGUCCAUGAUGGACAACACAUUAUUUCAGGUCCUUUUCUCAUAAGGGAAUCUAGCUCCACGCCAGCCACAGAGUCAGCUCUCCUCACCAGCCUGUCCAGCAGCAUAGUGUCCCUCCUCCCUCCCCAGCACACAAUCGUAACAAUAUUAUGUUCGUUACAAACAAAACCACUUCCUGUGUAGGACUACAAUUUUGAUGAAAAUAUUUUAUUACUGGACAAUGAAUAAAAAAAAAAAACUUACAGAUUAACAGCAGCUUUGUGUACUUUUCAUUUUCAGAGAUAGCAGUUCCAAAAAUUCCAUUUGUAUGUAUGAAUGUAUUCAUGUCAAAUGUCAACAUGCUUAAUUGUCAAACACAUAGUGUGUUAUUUGUGAACCUCGAACAGCUGAAUUAACACACCACAACCAUCACUGCUAUUGAUCUGUUGAUUUGAAUGUAGCAUAACGUGUUUGAUUUGACACAAUCUGAACAUUUAUUGUAUUUCUUCUGGGUUACUUUAAUGGUCUGGAGUUGAUUGUGUCCAAGUGCCUACUCUCUGGGACUUCUACGCCAUAGCACUGUGUAUCAAGUCGGACAAGUUCUUUCCCUGUCUACCCUUGUCAUUGCAGAACUCAGUCAGUUAUAACGUAUGCCUAGCCAGCCAGUGCUGGGGAUCUGAGUCAUAACGAUGUGAAAGUCCAAUUUUACAGAAGGACAAGAAUGGGUGCCAGAAGACAAUGACAGAAAAGUGUUUGGAAGCGUUACAUGCUUUUCUGUGAUUGACCAUUCACUGUAGCUGUCCUCAUAUGGUGAUUCCCACUCAUCUAGUACUUUGAGCAGGUUAAAAUAAACGCAAAUAAUUAUUUGCAAUUAAAACUUGACCUACUCUAGACAGAGACUUGUUUUUAAUUUUGCAUACUGUAUUUGCAUCUUUUAUAUACUAAUGUAGGUUUAUUUGUUACAGAAGUGUCUGUCUGUGAGGUUUUGUUAUAUAACAAAGUUUGUGGUGGCCAAUGUGUGGACAACUUUACAAUUAAAAGGAAUGCACAUGCCAUUUGUGUUGUUAUUUUGUAAAAAAAAAAAAAAAAAAAAAAAAAAUCCAUAUCAAUAUGUCUGUAUGUCUUUAAGAGCUUGUAAUUAGUCGUGUGGCAUUGGUCAGUCUUUUCGUCAUCUAUAGAAGAACUGGUCUAUAAGCGGUGUAGUUCUGAGAUGGGAAUGAAAGGGCUCCAAUAAUUUUGUUUGUGAUAAUCUUAUUAAUUUUCUAUCUGUUUCAGUAAAUACUGUGUGUUUGUUUUGUUCUCUGGAUCUCACUAGACAGCAUUACCAGCAUUUGAAAAUAAAAAUUCUUUUCCAAGUCA